AACCCCGUCUCCCAGAUGAUUGUGUUGUGUACUUAUUCGUAAAAUGUUAACAUUUAAUUAUGUUGAUGUUUAACAAACUAUAUUUCUGUUUCAGUUGACACUCAUGGGACUGCAAUGUGUUCAGAAACUACAGAUACUCAAUGGCUUUAUGAACUACUUCAAGAAGUUCAGCUGGAGCAGUUCUACUCAAAAAUUAGAGAUGAAUUGCAAGUCACCAGGCUUGCUCAUUUUGAUUAUGUUUUGGCUUAUGACUUGGAAAACAUUGGCAUGGGUAAACCGGCCGCACGCCGUCUGCUUGAUGCAGUGAAAAAGCGAAGAGCUGCUGUGUGGCGAAAGAGCAUAUUAAAUAAACUUUUGCCAUCUGGAAAACAUGAAAAAUCUACCAAAGCGAAUCUUCCUCCUGUGCCUCCAUUUCUACCUUCCAAUGGUUCCUUAACAUGCUUAAUAAAUGAUAAAGAUUUAAAACUUUUAAAUAAACUUGGUGAUGGCUCAUUUGGAGUUGUGAUGAAAGGAGAGUGGACUACAAUUUCUGGACCAACUAUUCCUGUAGCAGUUAAAAUUUUAAAAGAAGAUGCAGUUUCUUUACCUGGAGCUUUUGAAGAUUUUAUCAAAGAAGUAAAUGCAAUGCAUAGUUUGAAUCACCCAAAUCUUAUACGUCUCUUUGGAGUAGUUUUACUUUCACCAUUGAUGAUGGUUACUGAAUUAGCACCUUUAGGCUCUUUGAGAGAUGCUUUAAGGAAAGAAUGCCACCAUACUCCUGUUUCUCUGCUAAUAGAAUAUGCUGUUCAAAUUGCUGCUGGCAUGGCUUAUUUAGAAUCCAAGAGGUUUAUUCAUCGUGAUUUAGCAGCAAGAAAUGUGCUUCUUGCUACCAAGCGAAAGGUUAAAAUAGGAGAUUUUGGAUUGAUGAGAGCUUUACCAAAUCAAGAAGAUUGUUAUGUGAUGACUGAGCAUAAAAAAGUGCCCUUUCCAUGGUGUGCACCCGAGAGCUUGAAAUCUCGACAGUUUUCUCAUGCAAGUGAUACUUGGAUGUUUGGUGUAACUUUGUGGGAAAUGUUUACAUUUGGGGAAGAACCAUGGGCAGCUUAUUCUGGGGCUCAGAUUUUGCAGAAAAUUGACCAAGAAGGUGAACGACUGCGUAGACCGGAAGCAUGUCCUAAUGAUAUUUAUCAGCUGAUGUUGCAGUGCUGGGCACAUAAGUCUGCUGAUAGACCUACAUUUUUAGCUCUUCAGGAUUUUCUCUGUGAGGCACGACCUUUGACUUUAACAAGUUCACAAGCUUUUGAUGAACCUGAUAAACUGAAAAUUCAAGUUGGUGAUGUUAUUGAGGUCAUUGAAGGAAGGCAAGAGUGUUAUUGGUGGAAAGGACAAAACCAAAGAACGUUUCAUAUUGGAAUUUUUCCUCGCCUUAUUGCGGAUCGUCAGAAGCCAAUAACUGGAGGUGACAUCAGUAAACCGUUACGCAACAGCUUUAUUCAUACUGGUCAUGGUGAUAUUUCUGGAAAAUCUUGGGGAAAUCCAGGACACAUAGAUGAGGUAUAUCUCCAAAAUCCCAUGGAACCUCCUGAUUUAUUAGGUUUAAAAGAAGAGCCUCUACCUACUCCUAAAUUAAGGGACCGAAAUAGUAGGCCAGUUGAAGAAAGUGGUGCUAAGAAAAGAAUCUCCAAGCAGUUUGGAUAUAAUAAGUUAGAAAAUGAACAAAAUGGCGACUUGAAAAUGCAAUCAUCUUCAUCGAGAUCCAAAUCUAAGCACAAAAAAGAAGUUACUGAAGGAAUUCUUAUCGAUUUUACAAAUGAAAUAGCUGUAAGUUCCAAUCCUAUCAUGCCCAUGCCUUUCCCUACUCAGAAAACUACUCCCACUAUGCAUGUUUCAUCAUCGUUAGUAGAUUUGUCCAUUCCCACUUCGGCAUUGAAUCUGUCUAUAAAACGAGAAAAAUCCCCUGAUUAUGAUACAUUUUCUACAUACUCAUGUGAUGGUGCUCAACAAGAUCGAUAUUACAAUGUUCCGCCUUCAAAUUUUGAAGCUUCCAUUGACAGGUAUUACUCCGUUGUGCCUCCAGACAAUCCAGCCUCUCCAAAUUAUUAUUCUCCUGUUGCUGAAAUAUCUGAUACAUAUUUUCUUACUCCGGCUGUACCCAAUUCUAGCUUAACAAGAAUGGGAAGUUGUCCUGCUCUGCAUUCAGACUUAAAUCAUAGCUAUAAUAAUAUUUAUCAGAGGCAAAAUAGCGGUCAGAUGACUAGUAAUGCUAAUGCAUUUGAUGACUUAUUUGAUAAUUUUGGAAAUCUUUCAUUUAAAUCCCAGCCUCAGUAUUUGGCAAAUAAGUGCCAAACAACUACGUCUUGUGACAGGAAUCACAUGCUGGAAGAACUGAAAAAAACUCUUGGUAAAAGAGAAAUGCAUUCUAAUUUUUCUACAGAAUCUGACAAAAAAACAAAUGUCAAAAUCCCUUUGUUGCAACCUCCUCAAUCUCAUGCCAAAAGAAACAAUCGGAGUUAUGAACUGUCUCAUAAUGUAUUUCAGAAAUUUCCCAGUGAUAUUUCUGCUGAUGUUGCAAGACUAUCUGGCCCACCUCCUAUACCAAGUUUGCCCCCGAAUACUGCAGAAAUAAAACCUUUUGUUAUUAAUAACACAAUUUCCAGCAGGAAUAUUAUUUCACCUAACAGUGGAUCAAUGUCUUUCCUACCAGAAACUGUAGUGUCUCCUAAUUCAGAACAUUUAAGAAGGCAUUUUGUAUCUAUGCAAGCACAAGUGUCCGGUGUAACUAUGGAUGAAUGUCAGGCAUCUUACCAAAAACACAAGGGAAAUAUUGAAUCCGCUGUAAAGGAAUUGCAACUUUUGCAGCUGUGUAAAUUAGAAAUUGCCCCAAGAUCUCAAUGUGAAAAAGCUUUGAAGGCAACUAACUGGAAUGUAGAACUUGCUGCAUCAUCAUUAGUUGAUGAGCUUCAAAACUUUCAGUAACAUUUUGCAUCAAAUGCAAAUAGUAAAAUGGAAAGUUCAAAUGCAAUGUUAAGGUUGUGAAUUUUUGUAAAAUUGUGUCGGCUUCCUGAAAGAAAACUGAUACUUAUUUCCUUUUCUUUUUCUGGGUUCAUACAUAACUUACUCCAUUUAACAUAUCGCUCAUUUGGAAGAAGAGUGCCACAAUAUGAAAAAAUUAGAUUUUACAGGAGAAGCAUUUGAAGUUGAACUCUUCAGGCAAUUAGCAUUGAGAAAAAGAACUUUGCUGUGCUCUCCAUUGGUUAAUAUUUGAACAAAAAAUCUCAUUUUCCAAAGAAGAUAAUGUCCUUAGAAGGCCUUUAAGUGAAAAAAAAAUUAAAAAUUUCGUAUUGUGGCACUCUUUUUCCAAACGAGCGAAUGCGAGGGCAGAUAAAAUAUAAACCGGAUAU